AUGGAGGCGAACCGUGAUGCAGCGCAACUCUGCCGUGAUCGUGCUGUAAAACAUUUUAAGGAAGGAAAUAUAGCCGAAGCCAUUCGUUUUGCAAAAAAAGCACAAAAUCUUGACCCAAAUAUUGAAAUCCCCGAGUGUAUAACGAGUUCUAAUGGAGAUGUACCUCUCCGGAGACGCAGACGUUCGAGCCCAUCAAAUGUUAACCCUUCCCAGCGUGAUGUCUCUCGCCCUAGAGACAAAUCCGAGGAGAAGAAUUUCACUAAGGCUCAGGUUGAGUCAGUUAGACGCAUCAUGGCUUGUAAAGACCUGUACUCCUUAUUGGGAGUCAAAAAGGACGCCAGUGAAGAUGACAUCAAGCGCGCAUACAAGAGUUUGGCUCGUAAGUUUCAUCCCGACAAAAACAAAGCACCCGGUGCGACGGAGGCCUUUAAAAAAAUUGGCAGCGCUUUCAAUGUCCUUGUUGAUCCCGUGAAACGGCGUCGUUACGAUCAAUUUGGUACAAUUGAACAAACUAGUCCAGCCGUUACACGCCAACACCACGGUGGUGUGUAUACUUUUGAUGCAAACGGUGCCUUUGACGCCGAUUUUAUCAACAUGUUCUUUGGCGGAGGAUUUCCAUUCUCACAAAAUGUAAGGUACACACGUCAUGCCCAGCGCCACGAAUCCAAUCAAGAGAAUAAUUAUUUCGCCUACAUCCAAAUUUUGCCACUCCUUAUCCUCUUCGGGCUAUCAUUCUUCAGCAAUCUUUUUGUCAAGGACCCUGUUUUUAGCCUUCAAAGAACCUCCAAAUACAAUGUACAGCGCUAUACGUACAAGCAUGAGUUGCCAUACUUUGUUAAGGAGACUUUCUCACAGGAACACGACGGACCUCUACAGAACAUUGAAAAUCAGGUGAUCGAACAGCACAUAUACGUUCUCCGGGACAAGUGUUUUAGGGAGCGGGCGCAAAAAGAAACGUUGUUAUAUCGAGCCCGCUACAACCGUGAUGCUGCAGCCUACGAUCGCGCGAAGAAGUUUCCCACCCCUAGCUCCCCUCACCCUCAGUCCCUCUAUGGUCUCUGUACUUUCCAAAUUUUUUCCCAUGUGAUAAUUUCCUCCGCCCCUCACUCUUCCCACCCAUCCGUUCUUGAGUGCACCGGGCAGUGCGCUUGCUGCAGGAUUGCUGUCCCUCAUGCCUCCUCCCCAGUAUACGUGCGCCUCCCGCACCUCUUUGUAGCUCAACUAAAGCGGGACUCGCGCGAGCCCCAGGCUUUACCUCUUGCUGAGAAAAAAAACUACUGGUUUCGCAGUGCCUUGUCUUCUUGUUCACCUGUCUGUUUGUGUGUUGCACAGGCAGUUGUCGCCUCUGAGCGCUCUCUUUUCCCGCCCCAGAUAGGCAUGUCUCUGAGGCUAAGCUCCUCACUCCUUAGGACCUCGGUGAGUCUCCUCGUCGCUCGCAAGGCAUCGGGUGUGGCCGCGAGCGAACGCCUCUGGCGCUCCUUCCUCUACGUUCCCGGUGAUCAGGAGAGAAAGAUUAACAAAAUUUCUAACCUUUGCAACACAACCCAAAUCACACCCUCAAUCCCGGAUAUCGUUGUUCUUGACUGUGAGGAUGCUGUCUCGGCUGAAAAUAAGGCUCUGGCUCGCAGAACCAUCGCUACGUCAAUGCAAGCCCGCUCCUUCCAGAAUUACCGUGACACCCUUCAACGCUGCGUCUCUCUGAGAAUUAACGCGCCCUCAACCGGUCUGGCAGCCGACGAUCUCCACGUCGUGCUGUCUGCCUCUGUGGAGACAAUGAAGCAAAACGGUGGCGAGUGGCCUGGCCCUGACUACAUUUCCGUUCCCAAAACCGAGUCAAUCGGUGACCUCCAGUGGGUGGAAGCACAGGUAAUGAAGAUUUUCCGUAAACACUCAGUCUCGCGGAUUCCACAAUUAGCCCUCAUCGGAAUGAUUGAGUCUCCGAGCAGCCUUAUGAAUAUGCGUGUGCUUUGUACUGCCGCCCUCAGGACCCUGACAUUGCCUUUGGUUGCGAUGGUCUUUGGUUCCGAUGAUUACUGCGCUGGCCUCGGCGUUCCACACACAAGCAGUCACCAAGAAGCACUGUUUGCAAGGCAAUACAUGGUGACUAUGUGCCGGGCCUACGGUUUGGCUGCUCUUGACCUCGUGGAGACAAACCUAACUGAUAUGGAGAUGUUCCGACAGAGCUGCGAUUUCGGCGCCGGACUUGGCUACGACGGGAAGCAGCUGAUUCACCCUCGGCAAAUAGAGCCCGCCAACGAGGCCUUCGCUCCCAGUCAAGAACGCAUCGAAUGGGCCAAAGCCGUGGUGGAGGCGGCUUCGGCCCAGGCGGGCUCGUCCGUGGACAUCUCCGCCUUGACUGCCGGCGCUUUUGCCUUUCGUGGCCACAUGAUCGAUCGGUCUACUGUGAGACAGGCGGAACACGUCGUCGCCCUGGCUAAACUCAUGAGUGGACGCUGCUGA